AUGAUGUUACGCUCCUCUCACAGAGUGUACACUUCCUACGCAGCAGCUGCCGUAGCUGUAUACCUGCUCCUUGGACCAUUGGGUUUAGGACAGAUCCCCUUCUUCCCCGACAGUUUCGCAUCGUCCGGAUGGGGAGGUUCAAGUGGGAAUACAAGGGAUAAUGGCAUCAGAUCGACCAGUCCUGAAACGGAUAAGUUGCUGAAUUUCAAGAUGUCCAAAAUUGUCAACUUCGCUCCGGGAUAUACUGUAGUGGAGAACUUAUACUGGCACAACUACUCUUACGUCUUCGUGACUGAUCAACCAUGGCAUGUCCCCAAACAUGAAUAUAUUGCCAACAAGCACGUCGAUACUCGAAUACCCUUACAAGGUCACGAGGAAGUCAAAGUGUACGGUAUCAGAUUACCGCCUGUUAGUCCCGAGGUGAAAGAGGAGAACCAGAUUGGUCACUCCAUCUCCCUGGAUGAAGCUAUCGCGUUGUUCGGAAAAGCGGAGGAAUUACAAAGUCCCAUGAUCAUAAACAACGAUGACAACUACUACCACUGGAUCGGAGAGACUUUCCUUGGAGCAUGGAGAACAUGGUCCAACUAUGCUUGGCGAACCGGACUUACUCUGCCCAACAUCAAAGUGGUAGCUUUCACAAAACAAUACAACAAAGCCGAGGCUCCCCCUGGAAGCAAUGGUGGUUCUUGGUGGGAGGAUACCCCAGGUGCCAACAGAUGGUUCACUACCAAAUUCUUCCCCGGUGUUACAUACGAGACUAGACCCGUAUGGGAAGAACGAGCUGCCUCUCACGAAUACUACCUCAUCCCUCUUGCUCUCAUUGCCGAUAGACGAGGGGGUCAUAACGGCCCAUCCAACGCUUGGAAGCCAUGGGGAGACGCUUUACGAUUACCCGUCUCGUCCGAUUGGUUGGUCAAUCUCCGUGAUAGGGUCCUAAGUGAUUAUACCGGUCCGAUCAACCUUAGGAAGGGAAAGAAACCUCAUGUGAUGUACCUUGAACGACAAGGAAGUGGACGAGAGUUAGUUCCUGAAGAUCAUGAAGCUCUUGUCAAUGCCGUUCAGAAAUUACAGGAUGAUGGUCUAGCGGAUGUGACGAUCAAAGGGUUCAGCUCGAGUAUACCUUUUGCGGAUCAGGUUGCGGAGAUCUCAACCGUUGAUAUCCUCAUUUCGGUACAUGGAAAUGGUCUUACCCAUACUCUAUGGAUGAACCCUGGUGGAUCAGUCUUUGAAUUACAACCUGCUGAGUGUACAGUCACCGACUAUUCUCCUCUUGCCAUUGCUGCUGGUGUACAACAUUACCUUGUUCAUGAGACCAGCUUCUGUAUACCUGAAGAAUGCCCAGGUCGAGGUUGUCCCGGACCAAGAGCCAUCAACCGAGAUGAUAUUCGAGUGACAGCUCAUGUAGUCACCGAUCAAGUUAGACGUAUUAUCAGGAGAAUGACUAAGGCUUAG